AUUUUCAAUAAUUCAAAGCAGAAUUAUUUAAUUAUUAUCUUCUAAUUAUAAUGGAUUUGAAAAGAAAUAAAAAAGAUAAGAAGUGUGUCAUCUGUUUAAAUUUAGCCUCUAAUUAAGUAAGACUUAAAUCAUUAUUCCAUUAGGUAUUUUUGGAUUAAUGUUAACACACAUUCUGUUUUAUCUGUAUAUAAAAGUGGUCUGAGAAAAAUCACUCAUGUCCAUAAUGCAGAACUAUAUUUUAAAGCUUUUAUGAACAAAAAAUUGACCCAAAAAUAGAGUAAAUUCUAUUUAAUAAAAAUAGUAUUAAAAUAUACUAAGCAUCCCCUAUAAUCAAUAAUUUAGAGGAUAAACGUCUAAUGGCUUUAGCUGAUAUUGAUAAUAAUUACUAUGAUUUAGUGUUAUAAUAGAUAGAUUCUAUUUGA